AUGUCCGGCACCAAUCUGCCAGCACUGUUCGGAAACCUCCAGAAUAUUGAUGCUGGUGGUUGUCCGGGUCCCUUCAUCGGCGAGUCAUUAUAUCCUUACAGUGGUGGAUUCAAGGAAGGUCGAAAUUGUGCUCCGAAUCCGCUCGUCGUCACGGGCAAUGCUUCGAGAUGUUGCAUACCAUGCCCUGUCUUUGACUGGACCUACCCAGACCAUUUCAAGUCGCUCACAGAUGGCGCUGCAUGGGUGAACGUGGCCGGAUUCAUCUUGUGCGCCUUUCUCCUCGUCUCACACGCACUGCUCCCAGCCACUGCCACACGGAGGUCAUGGCUCAAUAUCAUUCUGCUGGUCGCAAUCAUGAUCCUCGAAUUGGGUUUCAUCGUGCCACUCGCACGCCAGCCUGACCAGUGUUUCGAUCCAAUCACGCCAAACGGACAAUCCAGCAGCCUCACUUGCGCUUUCUCCGGCGCUUUCGUUGCCUUCGGCCUGAUGACCUACGUUACCUGGAUUCUUGUCCGAUCGCUCGUCAUGCACAUACAAAUCUGCUGGAACAUAUCUCCAGGCGCACUGUCUUACUGGGCCGCGAAUAUCGGCGCUUGGUCAACCAUCAUCGCUCUCACCACAGCCACGCUUGCGCAUGCUGGAGUCUCAUUUCGAUUCGGUGGCUACUGCCAUGUAAAUGUCGGAUCACUGGCUACGUACUGGGGCUGGCUACUUGGCUUCGGCGGCCUGGCUCUCCUCCUGCAGAUUGCCACAUUUGCGUACUGCAUUAAGGUCUACUUAAGUUCCGCACUACAGCAACGCAGAGACCCAAGCAAUAAGUCGCCAUCGGUCAUCAGCUCAUCGCGUUCACGCACUGCUCGAGCGACAGCGCGACGAGUCAAGCAAGUCGUACUUCUACAAUGGCGAUCUUUCGCCAUCGUAAUCUUGGCAAUCUUCACUGCAGCAUUUUUUUGCGUCAUGUUCAUCGUCUUCGACGACAAAUAUACCAUCCAGGCUUUCGCCAACACGGAUUCACUGAUUCCGUGGAUCGUUUGUGUGAUCAGCACGCAGGACAAAAAUCAAUGCCUGCAGUACACCGGCCCAAUCCUCAUCAAAGAGAGCUUUGCUGUUGCCUCGCUGUUCAUACUCGCCUUCGUAGGAAUCGAGGCCUUCUUCCUCCUCUGCCGAUUCGAAGUCUUCACGGCAUGGUGGGCGUUACUUAGAACACCAUUUUGGAAGAAGAAGGCGAGAAGAGCGAGCGGCUCGAAUUUCGAUAUUUUGAUGUCUCCGAACAAGAAUACGAAAUUCAGUGAAAGCGCUCAAAGGGACAGCACAUUGGUGGGAUCACCGACUGGAGCAGAGACUGAGCGAAAAACGUUUGGCAAGCAACCAGAACCAGGUUCGCCUGUGUCGCCCAUAUCGAACGAUCUGGACUACGAGAAGGGCGGCGGGCACACAGCAGGACACGCGGUUUAG